GGAUUGGUUUGCUGCGGACCAACCAAAUUACUAACCCUGCUAAGUGCACAAAAUCAAAUGACACCGUUUUGACCACCGUUGUUUCCCCACGCUUGGCCUGGAGAUUAAUUUGCGUUCUUUGUCGUUGUGGGGGAACAUGAUCUUAUCGUCGUCAAGCUAACGUCUAGCUAACUGCUUAGCUAGCAUGUGGAAGCUCAAACAAAGGGAUGGCUGACAGUGCGUACAUUUAGAAACCUUCAACGGCUUCCAACGACGUUUCACAAACCACUGUUCCAGACCAGAGUGUUGGAUAAGCAACUAUGGAGCAGUACACCGCUGCCACCACUGCCACAGGGGAGCAGAUUGUGGUACAAACAGCCAAUGGACAGAUUCAACAACAGACACAGGGCACAGUAACGGCUGUGCAGCUGCAAACAGAAUCACCAGUGGUGACGGCCUCAGGUCAGCAGGUGCAGACACUCCAGGUAGUUCAAGGGCAACCUCUAAUGGUCCAGGUCAGUGGGGGGCAGCUCAUCACGUCAUCUGGACAACCCAUCAUGGUGCAGGCCAUGUCAGGGGGUCAGGGUCAAACCAUUAUGCAGGUUCCUGUGUCUGGAGCUCAAGGACUACAACAGAUCCAGCUGGUGCAGCCAGGGCAGAUCCAAUUGCAAGGUGGUCAGACUCUCCAGCUUCAAAGCCAGCAGGGUCAACCCCAGCAGAUCAUCAUCCAGCAACCCCAGACAGCCAUCACAGCUGGACAGAACCAGGGUCAGCAGAUCAGUGUGCAGGGCCAGCAGGUUGCACAGACAGCUGAUGGACAGACCAUCGUCUACCAGCCUGUCAAUGCAGAUGGUACCGUCCUGCAGCAGGGAAUGAUCACAAUUCCAGCAGCUAGCUUGGCAGGCGCUCAGAUCGUUCAGGCAGGAGGUGCCAACACUAACACGACCAACAGCCAAGGCACUGUGACCGUCACCCUGCCCGUCUCUGGCAACAUGGUCAAUGCAGGUGGAAUGGUCAUGGUAAGACCCGGUGCAGAGAUGGUGCCUGGAGGUGGUGGAGUUCCCACAAUGCAGCGUAUCCCUCUACCAGGAGCUGAGAUGCUUGAAGAAGAGCCCCUAUAUGUAAAUGCCAAGCAGUACCAUCGUAUCCUGAAGCGACGACAGGCCCGAGCCAAACUGGAGGCUGAGGGCAAGAUCCCCAAAGAGAGGAGGAAAUACCUUCAUGAGUCUCGCCACCGUCAUGCUAUGCAGCGUAAGCGAGGAGACGGUGGACGUUUCUUUUCACCCAAAGAAAAAGAAGAAAUGGCUUUGGCACUGGCACAGCAACAGCAGGAGGCAGCGCAGGCAGCAGCCGAUGAGACGGUGGCUCAGAUGAUCCGGGUCUCAUAGCAUUUACCAGCAUUAUCACUUCUUUUUGUGACCUCUGCCCUGCCUGGGACUCUUCAUCCCAUCUGCCACAUCUUCUUUACUUGUAUCUCUUCAAUUAUUCUGGUCUUCCAGGCAGCAGGCCAUCAGCCCCUUUUAUGGAAAUCUCUAGUCCUUUUGCCUAAUAUUGAUAAAUGUUUCCAGCCACCUCUGGUCAAACACCUAAAUGUUUAACCAGCUAUUUAUUUUCACAUGGACACAAGUUAUUGUUGAACUGGGGCCUACCACACAGAAUUAAGUGAAGUCAAACACAGAUCCUGUUCCAUUCAAUGGCAGGAUAAUUGUAAAUGGUACAGCCUUUUUUGAUAGAGACACAUUAACUUGAUUAUGCAUCAAUGUUGAAUUUGUAUCAUAUCAUUUAUGUCAUGUUUUGUACUUUGACAUUUUUUUUCUUCCACCCAUGUUCAGUGUGGAAUAACCUUACAUCAACCAAGCAUAACAUUUGAAAUGUGAUACUGUUGUGAGAAUUUUGUAUAUUAAUUGUUUUUAUCCCCCAGUGUACUUACAACUAAAUUUCCCACUUUUUUGAA